GCCGCCAGAGCCGAUUGCGCGGCGGGCGGGACCAUGGCGACAGGCGGCGGGCAAGACCUGCCCGCCCUGCUGCUGCUCCUCCUUCUCCUUGUACUCCGGCCGUGCGAGGCAAGUGCGGGGCGCCCGGCGGGGCCGGCGGCCGGAGGCAGCCGGGAGGCGGUGCGGCCUCGUGACCCGGUCCCCGGGGCCGCCGCGUCCCCGCAGGAGAGCGGGCGGGAGCCGGCGUGUCCCCGGCCGUGCGGGGGGCACUGCCCGGCCGAGCCGCCGCGCUGCGCCCCCGGCGUGCCCGCGGUGCUGGACGGCUGCUCCUGCUGCCUGGUGUGCGCCCGGCAGCGCGGCGAGCGCUGCUCCGCGCUGCUGCCCUGCGACGAGAGCAGUGGCCUCUACUGCGACCGCGGCCCCGAGGACGGCGGCACCGCCGGCAUCUGCAUGGUGCUGGAGGGAGACAACUGCGUGUUUGACGGGAUGAUUUAUCGCAACGGGGAGACGUUCCAACCCAGCUGCAAGUACCAGUGCACCUGCCGCGACGGACAGAUCGGCUGCCUGCCCCGCUGCAACCUGGACCUGCUGCUCCCCGGCCCCGACUGCCCCUUUCCCAGAAAAAUCGAAGUCCCUGGAGAGUGCUGUGAGAAGUGGAUCUGCGACCCUGAUGAUGAAGUGAUUUUGGGAGGUUUUGCUAUGGCUGCCUACAGACAAGAGGCCACACUUGGGAUUGAUGUGUCAGAUUCAAGUGCCAAUUGUAUUGAGCAGACAACAGAAUGGAGUGCUUGCUCCAAAAGCUGUGGAAUGGGCUUUUCCACUCGUGUUACAAACAGAAAUCAACGGUGUGAGAUGGUGAAGCAGAUGCGGCUUUGCGUGAUAAGACCUUGUGAAAAUGAUGAGUCAUCUGAUAAGAAAGGGAAGAAAUGUGUCCGAACAAAGAAGUCUGUGAAAGCUGUUCGCUUUGAGUACAACAACUGCACGAGUGUGCAGACGUACAAACCACGUUACUGUGGCCUCUGCAACGAUGGGCGAUGCUGCACCCCACACAACACCAAAACCAUUCAGGUGGAGUUCCACUGUCCUCAGGGCAAAGUCCUAAAAAAGCCAAUGAUGUUGAUCAACACCUGCGUCUGUCAUAACAACUGUCCUUUGAGUAACAUUGUUUUCUUCCAGCCAUCAGAUCUGUCAUCUAGCGAAGUAAAAAUAUGAAAAGCACGAAUUAGAUAGCAGAAAAGAUAUAAAUAGUUUAUACAAAACUUGACCCACAAUCAGGUGAAGGUAACAAUUGCGUAUAUAAAAUAACUAAAAUGUUUUUUCAAAAUGGUCCUUCAGACUAGGUGCUUUCUUUUUUUCCUGUAGUUUAUUAAAUACCUCAUUUUACGUUUCCCCCCUCCGAAUGUCUUUUAUUCACUUGAAGAAAAUUUUGUACCCUGGACAGAGCCUUCUUUUUUUCUUGAUGGUGACAGAAAGGUCACAAAGCAGACAGCUAGACUUUCUCCUGGGUUAAGGGGAUCAUGCCACAAGUUUCAGUAGCUGUAGGACUGGGCUCUUUAAGAGUCAAUGUAUCACAGAAGCUUCCAGAUUCUCAAUUUCAUUCUGCAUCAUGCAUAUAAACUUAAGAAAUGUUCUUUUCCUUUUUAAUGAAACUCUGUUUUUUGAUGACAGUAAAAAUCUUACUGAUGAAAGUGUUGCAUUCUUGUGACUUAUAAAAUACCUUCUGUCAACACCUCUGACUUUCUCUGAGGAUUAAGUUUGCACAUAACCUCUGAAAUGACAUAGCUAAGGUCCCUUAUCCUGAAGCACAGGUUGAUAGCUGACAGCAGUUAAAUUUCUCUUUGAUAACUUCACUAGCACUCUAAUCCAAAACUGACUAAAGUCAGUGUCUUAUAAGUAUUUGAUUCUAAUUAAUAUGUUUCUGUAGAUAUAACUAUUUGGAUGCAAAAAUAAUAUAUCUGUAAAUUCCUCUAAAAUACUAACUGUAUUAUAUGGUGCUUCAUUUCUUAGAAAGGUGUGUAUGUAAAUAGAAACUGUACAUAUUGUAAUAUAACUUUACUAAGUAAAUAAACUUUGUGAUUAAAAA